CACCUGCCGGGGCAGCAGGGCCAGCCUGAACUGCCGCCUGCCCGCUCGCUGAGGCCGCAGACCCUGGAAACAUGCUGUCUGCUCUGGGCGGCUUGCAGAGCCUACUCAAGGGCCAGGCUGAAGGGCCCCCCAUCACCAACGUCAUGUUCCUCAAGACGCACAAGACGGCCAGCAGCACGGUGCUCAACAUCCUCUUCCGCUUCGCCGAGACGCACAACCUGUCGGUGGCGCUGCCCGCGGGCCAGCGCGUCCACCUGGGCUACCCCUGGCUCUUCCUGGCGCGCUAUGUGGAGGGCGUCGAGGAGGGCGGCCCCGAGCAGCGCUUCAACAUCAUGUGCAACCACCUGAGGUUCAACCUGCCGGAGGUGCGGAAAGUCAUGCCCAACGACACUUUCUACUUUUCCAUCCUCAGAAACCCUGUCUUCCAGCUCGAGUCCUCCUUCAUCUAUUACAAGGGCUACGUCCCGGCCUUUAGGGACGUGGUCAGCCUGGAGGCCUUUCUGGCCUCCCCGGGGACCUACUACAACGAGAGCCAGGGCUUGCGCAACGCCUACGCCAGGAACGGCAUGUGGUUCGACCUGGGCUUCGACAACAACGCGCCUGCGGAGGACGCCUACGUGCGCGCGCGCCUGGCUGACGUGGAGCGGCGCUUCCAGCUGGUGCUCAUCGCCGAGCACUUCGACGAGUCCAUGGUGCUGCUGCGGCACCUGCUGCGCUGGCGGCUGGACGACGUCGUCUCCUUCCCGCUCAACUUGCGCAGCCCGGGCAGCGUCACCAGCCUGACGCCCGAGGGUCAGGAGCGCGCCAAGCGCUGGUGCGCCCUGGACUGGCGCCUCUACCAGCACUUCAACCGCACCUUCUGGGCGCGCCUGCGUACCGAGCUGGGCCCGCGGCGGCUGCGCUCUGAGGUGGCGCAGCUGCAGGCGCGGCAGCGCGAGCUCCAGGCCCUCUGCGUGCAGGACGGCGCCCCCAAGAACAAGUCGCAGAUCACCGACCUCAGGCUGCGUCCUUACCAGUCGGGCGAGGCCGACAUUCUGGGCUACAGCCUGAGGCCCGGCCUGGACAACCAGACGGUGCAGCUGUGUCAGAGGAUGGUCACGCCGGAACUCCAGUACACGGCCCGCCUGUACACGCAGCAGUUCCCAGAAAAGCCCCCCAAGAACAUACCCUUCCUGGGGGCGUAAUGGCCAUCGGUGCUGCCUCAGGCUCAGAGGGGGCUUCCCGGGGCAUCCAGGAGACCCAGGCCCCCCAGACCCCCCAGACCACAGGGCGAAUACGCCUGUGAAGGAACCCCCUGUGGUCUGUCCUCUUGGAGGCCUCCCUCUUUCGUGGGGGCCUCAAAUGCAGGACAACAGGCCCAGCUGGUCUGAUGGCGUGAACCCGUUCAUUCCUCAAAUAGAAAAGUCUCACCGGGUAGGCAAGUUAGUUACAUGUCAGCACACUGUCCACCCAAAGACCAGGAGCCCAGGGAAUCGGGAGGGCCUGGGUCCCUGAUGAGCACGCGCUGGUCACCGAGUCCCGGUUUAGCACCCACAGGCAGCACUUUGAAGGUGGGCCUGGGGAGCAGGGACAGGGAGUGGGGUCUGGAACGUCCCGCUUCCCAUCUUUGGCUGUGUGAGGCGUGCUUCCAACCGAAAAACUUGAGAAAUCUUAGAAUUGCUUACGAGACAAAUGCUUCAGUCGGAACACAGGUCGAGGGUCAGGGCUGCAAUUCUGCUUUGGGGUAGCCCCCCUCCCGAAUAUCCAGUGAAGGAGGAAGCCUGCUGGAGAGGAUGGGCAGCUGCAACCUCAGUUACCAUGGAGACCAUGCUGGAUGUGAUCCCAGAGGAGGGAGGCUUCCAGGCAGCCCUCUUUGUGGUCUGUGGGGAGGGAGUGAGGAUGCCCUGCCUGGCAGGACGUGACCUCUGGCUGCUUAGGACGGGGUGCACACAUCCAGCUCCAUGUCCCUGUGCCCUUAGAAAAUUAGGCACCCGGAGCACCCAAGAAGCAGAGCCACUCUUCCACACUGAGCCGCCUGUCCACCUGGUGCGGGGUCCCCUUCGUUCCCUGUAGGCCCUCAUCUCUGAAGACCCCAGCACGUGCUCAAGGUGCUUCUCCGUCAGGGUGUGUCCUCACUUCUUAGGGGAAUCAGCCUCUCAAAAAAGGGAGACCCCCCCCACCCACACACUGGAACAGGCAGCAGCUCCCUUGGGCAUCAACUUAAUGGAGGAGCUUCCAGUAGAAUGAAUUUUCAGUAAGAUUAGAGGACAUUUUGCAGUGAAUUUGAGAGGGAAAGAAUAUUUGGAAAGGGGAUAAAUGACUUCCAAAAAAAGCGGAAUAGGAUAGAUGGACACGGAACCAGGGUCAGCUGGUGGACCCUCCAGAGGCUCCCCCAUCCUCUGCCGAGAGGAAAAUGCAAAGAAGGAACUUCCACGGGAGGGUGCAGAAGGGAAGGCAGAUCCAGGAUGAGCCGGCCCGCGAACGCUGGGUGUCCCUGAGAGUAAGGCCAUGGAUAAGUCCCACAGAGAAUGGGAGCGUUUACCUCCACUUAAAGGCAGAUGAAAUCUGUGCCCUGAACUUGGGCAGCUGCACCAAUCCCCGGAAAAAACAAGACAUCCACUCCCGCCCCGCCCCAGCCAGUGUGGGCAAGCAGAACGCGCUGCUGCUCGGUGGAGAGUGUGGGCACCGUCCACCACCCCGCCAGUGGGGCUGGGACCGCGGAUGUGGCGAGCAGCCGAGGACACGGAAUUACCAUAGAAAUCCAGCAGCAUUUGCGUUUGUCUUUGUGGCUGGCAGGAGUGUAAACCAGCUCUGUCUUUGUAGAGGAAAAUUUGUGGGUAUUUGUCACACCGCAAUAAAGCACAUGCGGUUUGUAACAGAGCUGUGGUUGUCCACCAGAAGGGGUGUUUAAAACGCUAAGUUCUAGGUGGCCAAGAAAGCUGGGAGUGACCUGUGCCUCUCCUUUGUGAUGCUUGGGUCAGGGCUGGUGAGCGGGGCCGCAAGUGACCAGGAUGGGGUGUGACUGUCCCAGCCAGCAGAGUCCAUGGGGGCGCGGGAAGCUGAGAGGGCAGACUGUGUAGUUUUCAAGAGAAGCUUUGUAAUACAGGUUUUUAUGUGAAACCUUCAUGUUUAAAAUGCUGGCAUCUAACUACAUCAUUAAAACUCGGGAGAGAGAA